UUUCAUCGGCAACACGUUCGACAUUCUUUCGCAAUCGGCGGGCGUUAAGAGGUGCAGAUUCGCUCGUUCAGAAAUAAUCUGUUGCCAAACUCUUCUCUUCAUUGUAUUCCAUCUAUCGCUUCUGCUUCGCUUGAGCACGAGAUGGAUCGAGAUGACGAGGACUUCGGAGAGGGUUUCAUCGCGGAAUCUCAUCCACUUAGGCCAACGCAUCUUUCCGUCCCUCUCAGUGGUCGACCUGAUUCCAGAGCACCCAGUAUCAGCAGCAGUGUUAGUGAUUUGGACGUUCCUAUUUAUGCUAGAGAAACUACUGUACCUGUAUCUGCUCGAAAAGGUCUGAACGGGCGGUUGGCAUUUGCUAUUGCGGCUGCUGCACUUGGAUCAUCGUUUCAACAUGGGUACAACACUGGUGUUGUUAACGCACCUCAGCAGCUCAUCGAAGAUUGGAUUAGCGAGCUGAAAAUGAAUCGUACCGGUCAACCAACGAAACAGUCGGAUGUAACGAUGAUAUGGUCGAUAGCGGUAUCGAUAUUCUGCGUAGGCGGAAUGAUCGGUGGUUCUAUGGUUGGUUCGAUAGCGGAUCGUUUCGGUAGAAAGGGUGGCUUGCUACUGAACAACGCCCUAGUCCUGCUCACAGUAAUUUUCGAGGGAUGCGCGAAAACAGCGAACAGCUACGAGAUGAUAAUCGUCGGAAGAUUCCUAAUCGGUAUCAAUGCGGGAUUAAACGCUGGUCUAGCGCCUAUGUAUCUAUCUGAAAUAUCACCUAUUCACCUACGAGGAGCUGUCGGUACGGUUUAUCAACUGGUUAUCACCAUUUCUAUCUUGGUGUCGCAGAUUCUUGGAUUAGAACAAAUUUUGGGCACGGCCAGUCAAUGGCCGCUUCUUUUAUGUCUGACGAUCGUCCCUUCGAUCUUCCAAGUAUUUACUCUACCACUGUGCCCAGAGAGUCCGAAAUAUUUGUUGCUCAGUAAAGGAAAGGACAUGGAAGCUCAAAGAGCUUUGUCUUGGCUGCGUGGUACGAUCGAAGUUCACGAUGAGAUGGAAGAAAUGAGGGCAGAAUAUGAAUCGGUGAAACUUGUGCCAAGGGUCACGCUGAAAGAACUAUUCGUAAAUCCUGCUCUUAGGAUUCCAUUGAUAAUCGCCAUUAUGAUCAUGUUCGCGCAACAAUUGUCCGGAAUAAAUGCCGUGAUGUUCUUUUCCACCAAGAUCUUUACCAUGGCUCAGUUGGAUAAAAACGCAGCCCAAAAUGCAACGAUGGGCGUCGGAGCGAUGAACGUUCUUAUGACGUUUAUCUCUCUGAUACUUGUCGAGAAAGCUGGAAGGAAGACGUUGUUGAUGAUCGGGUUCACUGGAAUGUUUAUCGAUACCGCCUUACUCGCCAUUUGUCUCGCCUUCGCGGACACAUCUCGUACAGCUGCCUACUUCUCAAUUGUACUGGUAAUCAUGUUCGUAGUUCUGUUUGCGACUGGACCAGGUAGUAUUCCUUGGUUCUUGGUAUCCGAGUUGUUUAAUCAAUCCGCGAGACCCGCGGCGACGUCCGUCGCUAUUGCGGUUAACUGGACGGCAAAUUUCAUCGUCAGUAUCGGAUUCCUGCCGCUGCAAGAGGCACUAGGUGCUUACGUAUUCAUUAUUUUCGCCAUAAUACAAGCGUUCUUUGUUUUCUUCAUCUACAAGAAAGUGCCCGAGACGAAGAACAAAACGAUGGAGGAGAUUAGUAGCAUGUUCCGACAGAUAUCGUACCAGUAACAACUCAUAGGUAUAUUGCCAUUGUGCUUAAGAUAUUAAAUACAAACCUAUCCUUGAAAGGAAAGGAACGUUUUCACGAAUGAAUGAAUCGAACGUAGAUGCGAAUUUCUUUAAAGAGUCCGUGACUUGACUACGAUGAAUGCAUCUAUCUUUUUAACUGGUAUAUUACCAUUGCUAUUGGUUCUAGUACACGUGUUAAGGACAAUGAAAGUUUUGAAUGGAACGUUACUAGGAAAAAUUGUAUUUUACUGUUAUGACUAAUUAAAAGAAUGUAAGAAGUUGUAAACUUGCCUUGCUUUCAAUGUAUUCUAGACGCUGUCAAGUCGCGCAUAUUUUUUUAUGAAAUUUUAUUUUCAACUUAACUUAAAAUUAGUUCCUAUUAUUAUGGAUACGUUAAACUUAU